UCUACACUUUUUGUGGCUUAGCAUGUACAAAAUUGUAAUAUUCUGGAGUUAGCCACUUUAAGUGGUGAGCACUGUAGCCAAAUUGGAGAGUUCAAGAUGUUUUGCACGGAGAGCUGUGAACAUGGAUGCAAUGCAACGUCCUCGGGAAAGGUGAUACCCAGUGGAAAUGCAAAUGGAAAUGCCUUGCCGUCGCAAACGAAUCCCCAGCAGCAGUUCAACAUGUGCUAUGCUCCACUGUCGAUGCAGUCUAACAACGAGGUGGCUUUCAAGUCGGAGGUGGAGCCACCGCGGGUGGGAAUGUGCUUAGUCACCGAAUGUCCCGAGGGUCUAAGCAUCGACUGCAACGUACCCCUGCCCAACUCCUUCAAUUUGGAUGAGUACAAGAAUCAGAUGAUCUGCUCCAGCUGUUCGCAGUUCAAUGGGGGCUACUUGGACAGUUUCUGCCCGCCACAAACAGGGACAACUAGUCCCAUUCCCAUUACCAAUCCGAAUCAGAAUCAAAAUACCAACUCUAAUCCCGUCCAGUCGCCUGCUUGCAGCUUUCAGUGCCAGCAGUGUUGUCCCAUUGGAGGAGCAUGCUGUGGAUACGAUUCGCUAUCUACUCCAAAAGCUCCAGUGCCAAAACCAUCGGUGACUCAUCGACAGGAAGGACCUCCGGUGAUGACUCCACAUUGCCAUUCAGGACCCUCUUUGUGGCCGCCCAUCUUUUGCUUGACUACACCCAAUUCAGAUCACACGCCCGUUUACUUUUGCAGCCUGAUUCCAGUGCCCCAAUCCUGGAACUUGUUACCAGUGGCGGUAUCGCAGCCCUUGCCGCCGCAGCAGCUGAUGACGAGUCCUGCACAGGACUCGCAGCUGCCGGCGCAGCAAUUGUUGCGAUACGACCUGCCCUUCAACCGCCUGCUGUCCGAAUUGCGAAGGGAACGGGAACUCCAGAUUCCAACCCAACCCCUGGCCUUCCAGCUCUAUGCGCCCGCUGUUAAGUUUCUGGAUCAGCCAGGAGCCAGGAGUCCGGCGAAGAAAGAUUCUCCUGAUCCUCUGGUACCAGCUCCUUGUGACCCAGAACCGCCAUCGGGAGCACCAUCUCCCCAAUCACCGCCUGUAGGAUCUCCCUCCUCUGUGGGUUUGCCCCGAGCCCGUUCAGCCAGUCCGAAGCGCAGUCGAUCCUGCCUCCGGAACAAGGAUUUGUGGCCCAGUGGUGGCGCCACCCCCAGCCACGCCCCCUAUCCCUCGGCCGCCCAACACGGAGCUGGCAACGUGUGCAUGAAGUGCGGAAACUGCUGGCACUGUCCGCGCUGCAGUUGCUCCAACUGCUUCUGGCAUCCCGGCUUGGUGCGAACUCCUCCCAGGGACAGUAGAUAG